CCUACCCCUGAUGACACAAGUAAAGUCCUCCUCCCAAGAAGAUCCACCGCCGUGGGAGACUAAACUGUUUCGUACUAACUCGGUCCUUGUUUUAAAUGACCUGGAUAACAAUUCUCCUAAUAUUACUAGUUAAUUAGAUUGGAUUUUGUAAACACAUCACAGAAUUAAUAGAUAAUUUUAGGCAGAUGAAUAUGUUGUACAAAAAUACAUAAAUACUUCGUCAAUCAGCAAAGUCCCCAUGAAAAAUCAGGCGAAACAAAGUUUUCCCAUGCAACCAGACUGGACACAAGACUAUGACUUGGAAAUUCUCAUGUAGGGUCAGAGGUUGUGGAACGUUCCCAUAAACCAGACUGAUUUUAGUUGCUCGAGAAAAGCUCCUCUCUAAACAAUACAAGAACCAAUUAGGUUGCGUACAGGGUAGUGAUUGAGACUUAUCAAAUAGGUUGGUGCAGGUGCAGACAGAAAGAUAACGUAGCACCCGUCUGUCCGCUGCGACAGACACGUCAGUUGCAUUAACUUUUGGUAUCUAUAAGCAACUAUAAAGCACAAAUGAUAACAUGUCUCGGUGUCACCUAUUUACUAAUUUUUCAAAAUCCAAUAAUUUGACUAUGUAAACUAGAUUUCUAACUACCCAUAAAUAAAAUUCAGAAACAAAUUCAUGACAUCUUAGCUUUUAUACCCCUGGACCAUGUUUGUAUAUGGUACGAUCCCAGCAAAGGCACCAGAACCAGAGCCAAGUCCAGAGCCCGAACCACCUGAGAAACCCCCACCCCCACCAGCACCGAAAAAACCAAAUGUCACAAUCCUUGUGGAUGCUGAAGUUGAGUACUUUCGGAAAACCCUGAACAUUGUUUUAUUAUGGAAAACUCUCUGGCUUCAGCUUGCCCUUUGGGUAGCAAUCCUUAUUCUUCAGAUAAUCCUAAUCAUCUUGUUAAUGGUGCAUCGACACGACAAUAAUUUGAUAUGGACGGCCGGUGCGGGAUUAAUCGGUCCGUUGGGAUUUUUUAUGGGAGCGACAAUAUUCUCUAUUUUCACUAUAAAGGAACCACGCGGCUGUUUGCUCGGAUCAGCUAUUGGAUUUCAGGCGUCUUCAGCAAUUUACGGUUUACUAACGUUGGAUCUUGCACUUCGAAUAUUUCUUUUUACCUCAACCGUUGAAGUUCAAGAUUACCAGAUGACGAAAAAUACGACCGGAAAUGCGACAGUGGCGAUGUCAUUGAAAGCGCACAACCAGACAAAUGUAUAUGAUGCAUCAGUCGUGGUGUUUUCUUCGCUUGAAGCCAUCCUCUCCAUUCCCUACAUUCUUACGUGCUUCUUUGUGGUCAUUUUAUUUUCCGGAGGAGCAUGUUGCGGGACGCUGAUGGGUGGCAAAGUCAAACGUUUUAGCGGGUCCCCCAUCGUAAUAUCUACUACGAUUUCCUCUAAUUCUCCAAUUAGCAGCUCCACAUUUACCGCAUCGCUAUCUUCUUCCACUUCAAGGCACAAUGAGGCCAAGAGUCUUCCGAAUCCCAAAAACUCUGGAGAUGAUGGAUUAAUAAAAAUAGAAGAACAUGUUAAAGAAGGUCGUGAAGCUGGAUUCUACUUGAAUGAGAGGCUUAUCCGCAUUUGUUUAUGGAUUGAAGUGGCAUGCAUUCCUCUACUAGUGAUUUUUAUCAUGAUCGCCGCUGGAUUUGAGGAGGUAAUUUUUUAUGUGGAUUUCUUGAUGCCGGAAACAAUCUGGUAUCCAUUUGCAAUAUCUUGUGUUCUCUUUGGACUGAGUGUCGGACUAACUUUUUUUGCACUGCAAAAUCCUUCCGGAUGCAGAGUUGGUAGUGCACUAGGUUUCCAGGUUGCAUCGGCGGUUAUAAGUUGCAUGCUUUCUUGUAAAUUGAUUGUCAUGCUGGCGAAAUCUGAUUAUCCCAAGAUGGAUGAUGAGAGCAUCGCUUUUACUACGAUUUGUCUUCUAGCGACAAUUCCAGUGAUCAUUUGCAGUGCCCUGAUUAGUAUCCAGUUCUGCCUGGUGUCAUGCUGCGGAAGGUAUAAGGUAAACCAAAUAUCAUUCUGUGACAUUGAGGAAGUGAUUCUUUCCCAGUACUCUGAUCUGAAUGAAAAUUGAGCUGUUCCACCAAUUGUAGAAAUUAAUUUGUUGUAAAUAAUUUGGCUUGCUCAAAUAUCGACACGCUUCAAUUGAAUAAACCACGGAAUCUGUAUAUAUGAAUAUUGUUCAUUUUUAAUGGUUUUACUUAAGUCGACAAGAUUUUUAUAUUAGUUGGGAUAAAGGACUGCGUGGUUGCCAUUUGCCUACUAAAUAUUAUACGGAUGAUACAUUGGUAAUAAUACAAGUAACUGACUUAGCAUUAGUGACAGCGAAAUAUUUGCUACUAUUAG